UUAACAUACAUACAAACCUAAUUUUUACAUACCAACUCUCCAUUCAGAAUUCCGAAUUAAAGCCCCCCCCCCCCCCAAAAAAAAAAAAAGUCAUGUCUUCACCAACCGGCACAGUCCUCCUCCUAGGCGGCACCGGCAAAGUAGGCGGGCGCAUCGCGCCGCUCCUGAAAGCCGCCAACGUGCCCACGCUCGUGGCCUCGCGGUCCGGAAAUUCGCCCACGGGCUUGCCGGGCGUCAAGUUCGACUGGUUCGACGAGUCGACGUGGGAGCCCGUGUUCGCGAGCGCGUCGUCGCCGCCGAUCGGCGCCGUGUUCCUCGUCGCGCCGCUGAUGUCGCACCCGGGCGCCAUCAUGCGCAAGUUCAUCGACCUCGCCGUCGCCAAGGGCGCCAAGCGCUUCGUGCUCCUCGGCGCAAGCCCCAUAACCGAGGGAGGGCCCUGGAUGGGCGACGCGCAAAAGUACCUGCGCGAGCUGGGCGAGCAGGGAAAGCUCAGCUGGUCCGUCCUGAGGCCGACUUGGUUUCAGCAAAACUUCACGGAAAACGCUCACGGCACCUUUUUAAAGUCAGAGAGCAAGCUGUUCUCAGGCACGGGCAACGGCAAAGUCCCGUUCGUCAACGCAGAGGACAUAGCUGCCGUGGGUUUCCACGCCCUGACGUCGCCUCAACCUCCCAACACCGAUUACGUGAUUUUGGGCCCGGAGCUACUCUCGUACCCUGAUGUCGCAGCGAUCAUCUCCGCCGCCGUCGGCCGCACGAUCGAAUACGUCGAGCUUAGCGAGGCGGACCUGGCAGCGCGGUUCGCGCAGUGGAUUGACCCCGAGUACGCCGCAACCCUGGCGGCCAUGGACACGGACAUCAAGAACGGCGCCGAGAACCGGACCAACGACGUCGUGCGGACCGUCACCGGCAAGGAGCCGCGGAGUUUUAGGGACUUCGUCGAGGAGAACAAGGCUGCUUGGAUUUGAACUAUGUACUUAAAACGAUGUAGGUUAAGUUACGUCAAGCUAGGUAAGGGGGGGAAGGGUUAAUGUUGAGUAUAGGCGGCCCUCGAUGCGGAAAUCGGUCCUCUUCAAUACGGCCCUGCCUAUAUCAGCGUAACAUGCGUAAUGUUGAAUCGUUCAUUGCUGCCAAUCAAGAAGUUCCGCAGCGUUUGCAUCGUUACGUUCUUUCACGUGGCGUCACAUAAACG